CUUCUUCCCUCCUCUCAAGGUAACGCUCUUUCUCAAUUGCCCCGCCUCUUCCACGUCACCAUCUCUCUCUCUCUCUCAAUGAAGAGCCCAACCCCAGAGUACGGUCGUCGAAACCCUAGUUCAGGAGUACGUAGCACGCCGGACCGCGCGCCAUACUCGCCCGCAUACUCUGAGGCCUCGACCGCGCGGAGUUCCACCUCAGGCAGCCGGAGCCGCGUCGCCGUCGCAGCCAAAUCGGUCGCGGGAGUCUUCGUCGGGUGUUUCACUCCCCCGGAGUCCAAGAGCUCCACCAAUAGCUUCGCGGACUCCGUGGACUUCAAAGCUCCUUCUGUUGCAUCGGAUGGUUCAAGAGCUGGUAGUGAGAGAAGACGUAGUUCAGAGCGAGGGAUCUAUUCCAGUUCAAAUAACUCAACACAUAACUCAAUACAUGGGCGAGAGCCUGGGAGUUUAAGAUUCACUAUGGAGGAAAUUUUCAGGGCCACGAGGAAUUUCUCCCCCUCCUUCAAGAUUGGACAAGGUGGUUUUGGGACAGUAUUCAAGGGGAGACUGGAAGAUGGAACUGUUGUUGCAGUAAAGCGUGCUAAGAAGAGUGUGUAUGAUAAGCAUUUGGGAGUGGAAUUCCAAAGUGAGAUUCAAACACUGGCACAGGUGGAACAUUUGAAUUUGGUCAAGUUUUAUGGAUGCUUGGAGCAUGGAGAUGAAAGAAUUGUUGUUGUGGAGUACGUUCCCAAUGGAACCCUCAGAGAACACUUGGAUUCUAUUCAUGGCAACAUGCUUGACCUCGCUGCACGGCUAGAUGUUGCAAUUGAUGUGGCCCAUGCUGUCACAUAUCUUCAUAUGUAUACAGAUCAUCCUAUCAUUCAUAGAGACAUAAAAUCUUCCAACAUUCUCCUCACUGAAAACUUUAGAGCCAAAGUAGCUGACUUUGGUUUUGCUAGACUGGCAGCCGACAGUGAUUCAGGUGCUACCCAUGUGUCUACCCAAGUUAAAGGAACUGCUGGCUACUUAGACCCAGAGUACCUCAGAACUUAUCAACUUACCGAGAAGAGUGACGUUUAUUCAUUUGGUGUGUUAUUGAUUGAACUAGUCACAGGCAGGCGUCCAAUUGAACCAAAACGAGAAAUGAAGGAGCGGAUAACGGCAAAAUGGGCCAUAAAGAAGUUUACCGAAGGAGAUGCUAUUUCAAUCUUGGACCCAAAGCUGGAAUGCUCUUCUGCAAAUCACGUAGCCCUUGAACAGAUUCUUGAACUAGCCUUACAGUGUGUGGCUCCACGUAGACAGAAUCGGCCUAUUAUGAGGAGGUGUGCAGAGAUCCUUUGGAACAUCCGAAAGGAUUACAGAGAACAAUCAUCUUCAGACUUGCGUUCAGUCUCCUCCUUUUCCCAAAGGAGCAUCUCGGUAAGAGAAGAGUGAGAAAAUAAUGUAAGAGAUCUAAGGUGAGGGCAGCCAGUAUGAAAGGAUUUGUUUUUGAACCAGAGACAGAAAUCUGGAAUUAUGUGGAGAUGGAAAACCCAGCAGGUAGAGUAUUUGUUGAAGAGAACCAAUAAUAGGGUAUUGAAAAUGGUUCAUGGUAGGAGGGUGCCAAUAAUCUUCCCAGAAGUGGAUCCAAAGACUUUGGCGGGAAAAAGUUUGCUUGUUGCAAGAAUUUAGAGGAAUUUGUUUAUAAUUUGUUCAUGAGAUUUCGCUCGUGUAUAGGAAAUCUAGUUUGAGGUGGGGAAGUUCUGUACUUUUUCUGCCGCAUUUGUGUGUGUUUCUUUUUGUUGAAUUUUCUUUGGAGCUUUUAUUCUUCCUGGAGAAAUCAGAGAAAUAAGGGCUACUUGUAUUUGAAAUCAUUUCAGUGUAUUAAAAUAGCUAGUGUCCUAAUUGUGCUUCAGUGUA